AGGUGGUUGGGGGAGGGAGUGGGGAGAGAGAGAGGGGGGGGGAGAGAGUGAGGGAGGGAGGGAGGGAGGGAGGGAAAGGGGGGGACUGGCCGAGUGUAGAGGGAGUUAGUAGGAGGGCAAUUUUAGUACUUGGUGUUGCAUCUUAGCAGCGGCAGAGCCGAGAGCCAGCUUGCGGUUUUGUUUUUUUUUUGAGAGAGAGAGAGAGAGAGAGAUUGACUAACCUGGAAUCCUGGAUCUUCAACCCUGCCAGAGGGCACUCUGGAAAGACUUCUUACACCGCCCCCCCAGGCAUCUGCCUGACCCCCUCCCCCUAACCUCACUUUGCUUGCAGCAAGGAGCGGAGCUCUGAGAUUAGACUUUUGAGGGUCCCCAACCCCCACCCCACCCCCAGGCUGCGGGUUCUGGCGCCUGACAACUUGCAAGUCUUUAGGGGGACCGGCGGCAGCGGAGAAGGAGGUGCGCGCAGGGGGGAAGCGGGCGGCUGCCUCCCAGGCUCCAGCACCGGGUGCUCCUCUGUAGACAGAAGCAGCCGCUAGUCCGGGGAGCAGCCCCCCCCACCCCCAUACAUCCCAGAGCCACCAUGCCCGCGCCCCCACCUCGCUGCUGGCUUCCCUGUUAGCGGCGUGGAGGGAUACAGGCGGAUGCACCGGCUUCACCCCGAGAGAGCAGUACCCCAAGCGGGCACAGCGCCCUGGGCACACCAUGGCCGACGCAGACGAGGGCUUUGGCUUGGCACACACACCCCUGGAGCCAGACUCAAAAGAUCUACCGUGUGACUCAAAACCCGAGAGUGUUCUGGGGGUCCCCAGCAAGUCCCCUUCCUCGCCACAAGCCGCUUUCACCCAGCAGGGCAUGGAAGGGAUCAAGGUGUUUCUCCAUGAGCGUGAGCUGUGGCUGAAAUUCCACGAAGUGGGCACAGAAAUGAUCAUCACCAAGGCUGGAAGGCGGAUGUUCCCCAGUUACAAGGUGAAGGUGGCUGGCCUCAACCCCAAGACCAAGUACAUUCUCCUCAUGGACAUAGUUCCAGCCGACGAUCACAGAUACAAGUUCGCAGAUAAUAAAUGGUCCGUGACAGGCAAAGCGGAGCCAGCCAUGCCUGGCCGUCUCUAUGUGCACCCCGACUCCCCAGCCACUGGGGCGCACUGGAUGAGGCAGCUGGUCUCCUUUCAGAAGCUCAAGCUCACCAACAACCACCUGGACCCGUUCGGGCAUAUUAUUCUAAAUUCCAUGCACAAGUACCAGCCCAGAUUACACAUUGUGAAAGCGGAUGAAAAUAAUGGAUUUGGCUCCAAAAACACUGCAUUCUGUACCCACGUUUUCCCAGAGACGGCGUUCAUUGCGGUGACCUCCUACCAGAAUCACAAGAUCACCCAACUGAAGAUCGAGAACAAUCCUUUCGCCAAAGGGUUCCGGGGCAGCGAUGACAUGGAGCUACACAGAAUGUCAAGAAUGCAGAGUAAAGAAUACCCAGUGGUUCCCAGGAGCACAGUGAGACAAAAGGUGUCCUCCAACCACAGUCCCUUCAGCAGUGAGCCCCGCACGCUCUCCGCUUCAUCCAACUUGGGGUCGCAGUAUCAGUGUGAGAAUGGGGUGUCUGGCCCCUCCCAGGACCUCCUGCCCCCACCCAACCCAUACCCGCUGGCCCAGGAACACAGCCAGGUCUACCACUGCACCAAGAGAAAAGAUGAGGAGUGCUCCACCACAGACCACCCCUACAAGAAGCCCUACAUGGAAACAUCGCCCAGUGAGGAGGACCCCUUCUUCCGCUCUGGCUAUGGCCCGCAGCAGGGCCUGGGUGCCUCCUACAGGACAGAGUCAGCCCAGCGGCAAGCCUGCAUGUAUGCCAGCGCAGCGGCGCCCAGCGAACCGGUGCCCAGCCUGGAGGACAUUAGCUGCAACACGUGGCCUGCCAUGCCCUCCUACAGCAGCUGUACCGUCACCCCUGUGCCACCUGUCGAGCGGCUGCCCUACCAGCACUUCUCCGCCCACUUCACCUCUGGGCCUCUGGUGCCCCGGCUGGCCGGCAUGGCCAACCACGGCUCCCCACAGCUGGCCGAGGGCAUGUUCCAGCACCAGGCUGCUGUGGCCCACCAGCCCGUGGGCAGGCAGUGUGGGCCCCAGACUGGCCUUCAGUCUCCCGGUGGCGGGCUGCAGCCCUCAGAAUUCCUCUACCCCCACGGGGUGCCCCGGACCCUGUCCCCGCACCAGUACCACCCCGUGCACGGUGUAGGCAUGGUGCCAGAGUGGAGCGAGAACAGCUAAAGCUGGGUCCGAGUCCCAACAGACAUAUGGAGAGAGAGAGAGAGAGAGAGAGAGAGAGAGAGAGAGAGAGGGAGAGAGAGAGAGAGAAUGAACACUGCCAUGAUGGACAGGAUUUGAUUUUUUUUUUUUUUUGCCUAUGUGCCCACUCUCCAUGCCUGCACUUGGGGCUUGGGAUGCUGAUUCAAUCAGUUGCUUUGGAAAACCACCAUUCAAAAACAAGGGGGGGGGGGUUGGAACUGGCUGUUCUAGUCCUGAGAACAGGGCGCCCUAUCCCUCUGAAGCCGCCAUGUGCACCUGCUUUUGGGUGUCUCCCUAGGCAUAGCAGCCUUGUCACUUGGGCAUGUCUCUCCUUCCUCCUCACCCCGGCAUGCAGUGGGCCCGUCAGUUUGAAUGUUGACCUUGUUAUAUAAUAAAUAAUAAUAUAUAUAUACAUAUAUAUAUGUAUUUUUUCCCCCUUUCAAUUCCCUUCAUGGGACCCAGUCCCUUCCUUCUUGGGGGCUUCCAGGAGGAGACAAGGAUCUUCCAAACUACAUACUUGUGGGGUUUCCCUCCAGGACAGCUCACUUCCCCACACCCUCCCCCCAAAACUGAAAUUUGUCCCUCCCACUUUGCCUUGAGUAAGAAAUGACCUACCUCUGCCACGUGAUGUUUCUGCCAAGAGCCCCCCCAUGUUCCAGCCUUUCUCUGCCCUUUCUCCCCCUUGCCCAGCGUCAUGGAGCUCUGGGUCACCUUCUCCUCCACCUCCCUCCUCACCCCCCAGGCCUUGGGGAGUCAGGAGAAUGCCCCAGCCCAGCCAGCUGGUGCCCUAUCUCAGCCCGCGUCCUCCCAGCCGCCUGGCCUGUUGCUCCGCUGUGGCCUAUGGGCUUCCAGGCCGGAAAGCUUGCUUCUGCAGACUUAAAAAGCCCAGCUUUGCACAUGGGCUUGGGGGCAUGUGAUAAGGGGUCAGGAGCAGUGCUGCUGGCGGAAGAUAUGACAGAGGCCUGAGGGGAGACAAAGCCACCCCCCAGCCCCACCUCUCUCUGAGCAAGCCCUCCCUAACCCCUACCCCCAUAAAACAGGACCCCAUCUGGGUGCAAAACGAACUCUGGGCUUCCAGAAGGAAGAGGCAGACACACUUCCCGCCUAGUUCUCUCCAAAGAGAUAGUUGCCCCAUCACCCAAUGCCAACCCUGAACUGUGGUUUUGAUGGGACUUCAGAAAAACAAAACCAAACACACAGACACACAAUCAAAAACCACAGUAUCAAAGGAAAAAAAAGUGUGUAAGUAAAACAUUUUGCAGGGUCCUUCAGAUGUAAUAUUUUUUACUGGUACUAUUUAUUUAUAAAUAGGAAUUCUAAUUAAGUAAUACCGGGAAAUGAAUCCCUCAUGGGAGCUGGCCCAGAAACUUUUAAUUUUAUUGAUAUUAGAAAUCCAAGUUUGCCUUUUUUUCUUUCUUUCAUCAAAUGUGCUUUCCUUUCUUGAUUAAAAAAAAGAUUUUUUUUUCCUUUUA